AUGCCAGCUCCAUACGAAAAAGGUUCCGCUAAGAAGGGUGCUACUCUGUUCAAAACUAGAUGUUUGCAAUGCCACACUGUUGAGGAGGGUGGUCCUCACAAGGUUGGUCCUAACCUUCACGGAGUGUUUGGAAGACACUCUGGUCAAGCUGAGGGUUACUCUUACACCGACGCCAACAAGAGAAAGGGUGUCUUGUGGGACGAGCAAACCAUGUCCGACUACUUGGAGAACCCAAAGAAAUACAUCCCAGGUACCAAGAUGGCCUUUGGUGGUUUGAAGAAGCCAAAGGACAGAAACGACCUGGUUACCUACUUGGCUCAAGCUUGUAAAUAA